AUGGCACUUACAGCACCCGGAAAAUUUGGAAGACUUCCAUUAGUGCAGUCAUGUCAGAUCUCAAGGACCUUUUUGACUUCACAUCCUGUUGGGUCGAGCCGCGUGCCUCCCGAAUCCCCUUAUUAUGUCCGUCUCCCGACACCCCCUCAAUCCGACGAAAUCAAACCAAUUCGCGUUCGUGGCCAUCUUCCAGUGCCCCGUGAGGUAUUUCCGCGCUUAGAGGGAGACCGCAAAGUUCGAGCCGAUUACAUUGAAAAGACUGCACCAUCUUCUACUAAGCCACGGGAAGGAAAUAGCACUGCGCAGAUAUGGAAAACUGCCAUGGCUGAGAGCAGACGAAAUAACCUAAAAGACGGACUUGAUGCUUUGUGGUCCCGAAGAUUAAACCUUGAAAAUUCUCGGAAUAUUCGUGUCAGCCGAAAGUUUCGAGAACAUAACAAAGCUCGGUCCGCCGCAGAACGAGAUGAUGACAGACUUACUCGGCCAACGAUAUUGGAAUCCAUGCUGGAUACAACAGUGUAUCCCGAUCCUAGCCGCUUUUUUCGAGCCAAUAGAAGUCGCACGAAAGUCAUGGCACGCGAGGAUUCAAACCGGGAAGCCAGAAGAGAUUCGCUCAUGGAACUUUACAUUAGUGCUUCAAAUUUCAUUGUUGAAGAGGCGGACCUGAAAAUAGAGAUCGACAAAGUAUUUGCGGAAGAUUGUUUCAGGCAAAAGUCUCAGAAUGAUUUUCAUCACAGUAUUACUGAGAACACCUGGGGCAUGCAUGGCAAGCCACCAUCUGUUGCCAACAUGAUGGAGACAUCAACCGGAGUGUCAACGAAAGUCAUGGACGUUCACGAAUCAGAGCACGACCGCUCCGCCAAGCGUCAGAAGAGGAUAGCAGAAGAUCUCACAGGUGGUAAGAUGGUAUAG